AUGCAACUUAGACAAAGUCAUAAGAUAAGUGAGAUUAGACUAUGCAAAGUUUAUAAGAUAUAAAGUUUUGUGCUUUCCUUUUAUAUUGGCAUUAUUUUAAAUAACUUGCUCAAAUAUGAAAGAUUGGAAAUACAAUUAUCCAACAUAAGUAUUGACAGCUGCAGAAGUAGAGAUAUCCUACUUAAGUAUUGUUAAAUAUGA